AUGGCCCACAGGAGCUGGGUACGUGGUCUUAAUGGCUCACAGGAGCUGGGUACGUGGUCCCAAUCGCCCACAGGAGCUGCGUACGUGGUCCCAAUGGCCCACAGGAGCUGGCUCUUGAGUUAUGAUGAGUUACGUGGCUGUCAGCGCAGUUAUGAUGAUGAGUUACGUGGGUGUCAGCGUAGUUAUGAUGAGUUACGUGGCUGUCAGCGCAGUUAUGAUGAUGAGUUACGUGGGUGUCAGCGCAGUUAUGAUGAUGAGUUACGUGGCUGUCAGCGCAGUUAUGAUGAUGAGUUACGUGGGUGUCAGCGCAGUUAUGAUGAUGAGUUACGUGGCUGUCAGCUAUGUAACUUAACAGAUUGUGUGGACUGUCAACCGAUCAUGCAUCUGGCAGCUUCGAGGGCAGGACCGGGGCCCCAGCUGGUGGUCACUGUAGAGGGCAGCACAGGGGCUGUGGGGCCCCAGCUGGUGGUCACUGUAAAGGGCAGCACAGGAGCUGUGGGGCCCCAGCUGGUGGUCACUGUAGAGGCCAGCACAGGGGCUGUGGGGCCCCAGCUGGUGGUCACUGUAAAGGGCAGCACAGGAGCUGUGGGGCCCCAGCUGGUGGUCACUGUAGAGGGCAGCACAGGAGCUGUGGGGCCCCAGCUGGUGGUCACUGUAAAGGGCAGCACAGGAGCUGUGGGGCCCCAGCUGGUGGUCACUGUAAAGGGCAGCACAGGAGCUGUGGGGCCCCAGCUGGUGGUCACUGUAGAGGGCAGCACAGGAGCUGUGGGGCCCCAGCUGGUGGUCACUGUAGAGGGCAGCACAGGAGCUGUGGGGCCCCAGCUGGUGGUCACUGUAAAGGGCAGCACAGGAGCUGUGGGGCCCCAGCUGGUGGUCACUGUAGAGGGCAGCACAGGAGCUGUGGAGCCCCAGCUGGUGGUCACUGUAGAGGGCAGCACAGGAGCUGUGGGGCCCCAGCUGGUGGUCACUGUAGAGGGCAGCACAGGAGCUGUGGGGCCCCAGCUGGUGGUCACUGUAGAGGGCAGCACAGGAGCUGUGGGGCCCCAGCUGGUGGUCACUGUAGAGGGCAGCACAGGAGCUGUGGGGCCCCAGCUGGUGGUCACUGUAGAGGGCAGCACAGGAGCUGUGGAGCCCCAGCUGGUGGUCACUGUAAAGGGCAGCACAGGAGCUGUGGGGCCCCAGCUGGUGGUCACUGUAAAGGGCAGCACAGGAGCUGUGGAGCCCCAGCUGGUGGUCACUGUAAAGGGCAGCACAGGAGCUGUGGGGCCCCAGCUGGUGGUCACUGUAGAGGGCAGCACAGGAGCUGUGGGGCCCCAGCUGGUGGUCACUGAAUCGGAGAAGUCUUCGGAGGAAUCGGAGAAAUCUUCGGAGGAAUCGGAAAAGUCUUCGGAGGGAUCAGAGAAGUCUUCGGAGGGAUCAGACAAGUCUUAG